AUGAACUGCACAGUGGGGACUGUCCUGGAAGUGGGGAGGGCCCCCGGCCCCCACCCUGUCCCCGGUGCUCCUAUCUCUCCUGGAACGCCCCCUCUCCAUGUCCUGCGAUCUCACUUGGACCCCAGCCCCCUGGACCGCACCCUCCGAGGCCGCUUGCAGCAGGAGACAGGCGAGAAGCAACAGGGGCAGGAAGAGCGCGCGGCCGCGGGGCCCGGGGGGCCGCCUGCAGCGCAGGGGCUUCCACACUCUGCAGCCUGGGAAAGGGCUCCCCACACUGCAGGCCGAAGCCGGGGCUCCUCCCGCUGCCUGAUUACUUUUCCGCGCCUGACAGCAGCUCGGCGCCCUCCCAGCCCCACCCCGGCUUGGGAGUGGGAGGACCUGAGGGCUGGGCGCGCUGCCUUGAACGGCGGGGACCGCGAGGACACGCGCCAGCACGCUCCGCCCCGCGGGGCUCCAGGGAAGGAAGCCAGGCGCCGCCCGCCCCAGCUUCCCUGUCUCAGCCGGCCCAGGCCCCCGCCGCAGGGGAAGGGCCCGGCCUCGCAGCCAGCCCCUCAUCUCCAGCACGUCCAGCCCGGGCGCCCGCGGGGCUCUGCAGGUUCGAACUGCUCGCACUUGCAGUCCUGUGAGCAGCGGCUCACAGCGCUCGCGCGCUCGCGUCCGGCCCGCUCCUCCCAGGGUGAUGGCUCCGGCUCACCCGUGCGCUGCCGGGAUCUGCACCGCCCAGGCCCGCCGGCCCGCUGCGAGGACGCUGCUGUCAGCACCGGGGCCUCUCCUGCGGCGGGAGCCGCAGACACACGGGCGGCCGGGGUGCCCCUCCUCGGCGGAGUUCCACAAUGA